GUCUCUAACAAUGUGCUGUUGUCUGUUGGGUUCAUACCACACAAACAGGACAACCGUUGCUCUAAACUGAGGUAAUAUUAACCAGGAUUUUCAUGUUUUCAGAGGGGAAGACGCCGCCGGUGGAAAGCAAGAAUGGAAAGAGGACGGAGAGAGGAGGAGGAGGAGGAGGUGGAGGAGGAGGUGGAGGAGAUGCAGGAGGAGGUUCUAAGUACUCCAUGUUCACCUGGUUUGUGGUCCUGGCUCUGCUGGGAGUCUGGAGCUCUGUGGCCGUGGUCUACUUCGACAUCGUGGACUACGACAGUGUCAUCGCCAGAGCUAAGGAGUUUCGUAUGAACUUUUCUGAAGUUUUACAAGGUAUGCUCUCAAGAUUUAAACGUCCGCUAAUGUGACUGCAUGUUUCAUAU